GUUGUUUUCUUCUUCCUGUGUUGCGGUUGUCGCGUGCUGGUGAAGGAGGAGGAAAAACCGCUUGAUCGAUCAAUCGAUCCCGCCGGCCGUUCCCUCGUCAGUUCACUCGUCAAAAUAUUGCUUGCCCUUCUUCAUCGCGGUGCUGGCAACGGUCAAACGAAGCAAGCUGCGUCAUCCGCAGCCACGCUUGCUACAAACAUCUCCAUUGAUCUAAUUGUCAACUCAGUCCCCCUAUACCAACAGGAGCAACGGAGAGGAUCCACCAUGGCGGAGCCUGCAGCGUGGGAAGGCUUCUUAACGUGGAUGUUCUCUCCCAACUGGUCGACCAUCAUCCUCUCCGUCAUCGUCGCCUUCACCCUCCCCGUACUGAUCCAUGCUUACCUCUACAAGAAGGCUGUUGCAAAGGAGCUCCCAAGCUUUCUCCUCCUAGGCUCCAGUGGAGCAGGCAAGACAAGUCUUCUCACCUUGUUCUCAACCGGCUCCGUCAAACCCACCUACACCUCCCAAUCGCCCUCAACAGCCCUGGUCCGACUGCCCGAUCAAAUCCGCACUCACGAAGACCGCUACCGCUCCGAAAACGACAACGCUCCUCGAAACCAGCCCACUUUCAAAGUCAUCGAUACUCCCGGUCACGGAAAGCUUCGCCAUCACGCGUACUCCACUUUGACAGCAGAAGCCACGACGGCUGCCCUCAAAGGCGUGAUAUUCGUGCUUGACAGUGCAGCCGCUGCGGGAGGCUUGAUCGACGCUGCGGAGUAUCUUCACGAUGUCCUCCUCGCUCUGCAGAAGAGACAUACGCAGAGCAGGACGAGUAAAGGUCCAGUCGCUAUACCUGUGCUUGUCGCGGCAAACAAGCAGGAUAUAUUCUCUGCGGCUCCCACGAGUCUCUUGAGAAUGAAGUUGGAGGAGGAAAUUGGGAAGAUACGGGACACGAAGAGUAGAGGAAUCACUGGUGUGGGAGGUGAUGUGUCGGGAGAUGAUCCGGGAGGAGAUGACGAAGAUAACUGGUUGGGAGCUUAUGGAAGUACGGAAUUCAAAUUUGCGCAAAUGGAGGAAUAUGGCGUGGAUGUGAAGGUCAUUGGGGGGAAUGUCAAGGAUGGGGAGACGGGAAAGGGACAUGUGGAUGGGUGGUGGGUGUGGAUUGGAGAGAACCUGUGAAGGGCGGAAGUUGUUGUCAUUUGCACCAGAACACCAGCAUUCAACGACGAGGAUCUUGAUAUUCUUGUCUCUUCGACAUCGGGUGAUGGCAGAAGGAUGAAUGCCCCCCAGCACCCAGUUGCACGCAACGUGGACGAUGCGAUGCGACGCGUCGCGCAGUCGCAUAUCGCAUAUCGCAUUCGCGGCUUUGCACAAAAGUUCUGAUGACCUCACGAUCUCAUGGUCUCUAGAAAGUUACCUUUAUUCGGAAUGCCACAACAAAGUUUCACGUGAUCACGAAGAACUGAUCGGUCGGUCACUCUUCUGAAAACGGGAUACAACACACAAGGCUACACCCAUCAUGUGGAUUGUAGAGAAGGGAGAAGAGGCAGAAGACAAGGAUGGAUUUACUUCUUCUAGACACGACGCGCUCUACCCACCCCGGAGGCCUUUUGCUUGAUUGACAGACAGACAGUAUGCUGUACCACUCUUUCUC